AUGUCGUUCGUGCGAAGCUUCUCUUUGGUCGCCAUAGCCGUGGCAAUAUGGGACCAAAGGUGGACAAUAAUAUUUGCUGCGGCUGCCUAUGCUUAUGUCAUGCAUCCUGGGUUAAUGACGUCGGUCUACGACAGUGGUCCUUUAACCUGCGCGACUCUUGGACUGAUAUACCUCAUUGGAAAGGCGGUUCAAUACUAUCUGUGGCUGGAGUGGGAUUCGCAUGUAUAGUAUUAUAAUUCAAGCUUGUUUUUGUACUUGUUGUAGUUCUUUGCUUUCGCGUUUGCUGAUGCAUUCUAACUCAUCAAGCAGUCGCCUGUUUCUGAUCCUGUAGCUGUACAGAGGAAGAAGAGGAAACUAUGUCUUGGACAAUAAGUAGAGAGCCGGAUGCGGUCGCAGUGUUCCGAAUCGGAUUCGACUUAGGUUGAUUAGCAUUACUGGUCGCUAUAUGUACGUGAUCUUGCGACUGAAUACCUUUUCCUUCCCAGGUCGAUGAGUACAUGCAAGAUGACGACGCCGACGGGCAGAGUAUGGUAGACGCGGAGGAUGAUGGGCCGUCAGAGGUUGACACCAGCGAAGAGGAGGAGGAACUGUUUAUCUCAGAGUUUUGGCGAGACUGCGAGUUUCUCAAAUUCUUGAUAUCGGGUCGCGGUCGAGCAAGCGCAUGGAAAGGCGCUGCAGAAGAAGCUUCUUCCGUGGACGCGAAUAGCACCAGUGCUAGUACAACUUCUGCCUCUUCUAGUACCAAGAAACUGGAAACUCAUGGACGUGGAAAGCAAGACUCUGCCGCGUCGGCCGCAGCUUCAGGUGUCGAGCAAAAGGACGAUAAUUUCGCCUGUCUGCAACUUUUGCUUGAUCGCGUAGAGGUUCGGAAGUAUCGAAAAGGUGAGUUCGUCAUUAGACGGGGUGACGAACGUGAUGCCUUCCUGUUGGUCAAGCGCGGUCGCUUCGAAAUUUUCGGUGCUCGAAGCCACAGCACAACCACUGGGAUGAUGGGGGGAGAUGACGUCGAGGACUUAGCUAUACCCUCUGCACCACCUGGUGAAGCGAUGAUAUUGCGACAAGGCGAUACCAUAGUAAUCAAAAAUUAUUACUCGCGUCUUACAACAACAUCAAUCUUUAGUACGCGGUUUUCUAAUUUUUUUUUGGAUUCUGUCCGUCGGACUUACAGGACGGCGACGGAUGUCUGCAAUGAAUCUUCAUCUAAAUUUUCAUGACUGGAACAUUCUCAUACUCUAAUCUCAGGUUGGUUUGCUUUUCGUAAUGGCUUCCUUCAUGACCGCCGAAAGUGAUGACCAUCUACGGCACGAGAGCAGUGUGCGUUGCAUAUCGUCGGAUGGCGGAGAGGUUUACGUUCUGAAAACAUCGACUGCAAUUUGGCCAGCUUUCGCUCUGUACCCAGGCUCCAUGCUUAUCUUGGUGAGGCAGCUUUUAGCCCGCAUGAUUACAGUGAUCGGGACGCUACACAAAUACUUCGGCUUGAGCAACAAACUACUGCACACGGGAGAAGUUAGCGAAAUCGGUGUUGAUUUCGACCGUCUGUUUGCUAUGACCGAGAAGAGGGGAUUUCUUCUCAAUGAUGGGAAUAUCAAAACAAGGACGCCGCCGACAAAACCAGCAAAAGUGCUUAAACCGCCUAGGCCCGCGGACUCGUGGCGGCCCGGCUAUGAGAGUACUGUCAUCCAGAGCAUUACUGAAAACCCGGACGAAUCCCGCACGGUCCUGGCUAAAGCUGUUGCCGCGAGAUUUGGUCUUCCUGAUGCUGCCUGUGUCGAUGCGUCGAAGGUUCACGUAGCCGAAUGGGGCGCAGGUGAAAUGCUGUUCGAGGCCGACAGUUCGCAGCAAGACGUCUUCGUACUGCUUGAGGGAACGUGCGAGACCUUCAUCCCUCGACGGCAGAAAGCAGAAGGCCGCCGCUUUGCAGCAUCGUCAAGUGGUGACGCAAGUGCAACGAGUAGGGUUAGUUCCUCCUCAUCAGCAGCGGGCUUUUCGAAUGCAGCCUUUCAACAUGUCGUCCCUGCUGAGGGGGCGGAUGUGGAACCUGAUACCAGCAGAGAUCUAGCGCAGAUUCAUGCAGGAGGUGGUCAAUCCGAUUCAACUGCAGCUGACGGAGCAGACAAACGAGGCAUAGUGGAAACUGAUGAGACCCGUGGACCGCUGUCUCUGCUUUUGAGCAGCACAGCUACUGCAGAUACUCUGACUCGAGUGGGAUCCUCACAACGAAGUUCGCAAGGUGAAGAUUUAGCGCAAGCCUAUUCUGCUGCCGUGCCGCGUGCUAGUGACAGUGACGCGAACAAACGAGGACCAGACGACGAAGUGUCAUCGAGUACUAGUUACUUGAGCAACGCGUCUGGGACUGGGACUCAAGCGCUUGACAAUCUUGGCGGUAAGGACGGCACUGCUGAUCGAAAAGAUGCAAAUGGAGCGGGUGUAGGUGGGGGCAACCCUCUGGCACGACAACAAGUUCCAGGGAAGGCCAUGUAUUCCCUUACUGUACCUGGUGAACUGAUCGGGUCCUUACCUAUCUUAGCCGGUGUUUCGGCGGUCACCGUGUAUCGAUGCCGAAGCAAAUGUCGUUUUUUGCACAUAGAGAGAACGGAGAUUGAUCGCCUGCUCCACCGGUUCCCGCUGCAGAUGUGUCUGAACCUGGUCCAGACCGUAAUUCCCAAGGUGAAGCCAUCGGUGCGCCGGAUCGAGGCUGCGGUGGAGUCGCGGCUCAUUUCAGGCGGGAAAGUACUGUUUCGCGAGGGCGACUCAUCCUCCCAAGGCUUUUACCUGGUCAAAAGUGGCAAGGUACUCCUGGUGGAAGAGCGCAAGCUGGGGUUCGCGCCCCCGCGGGCAGACGCUGCUAUGAGUAGCUUCCAGCGGAACAUCAGCAAACAGCCACCAAGAGCUGCAGCUCCUGUAUUCAGGAGCGGAAAAAGAGCAGGGGUAGAUGGGGUGCAGAAAAGCGCAUCUGCUCCCAGUCCAUCGCAUAGCGGAGGAGCGCCUCGUCAACGCGGUUUGCCUAUUGAUGAAGAUUCAACUCCUGUUCAUCAAAGCAACACUACGCCAGUUGCUUCCAGGUCUUCAUGUACCUAUCGUGGCUAUUCACCACGCCCCACGCCAAGGCAUAGUCUCCGGGCUGGUCGCACAACUGCGCUCGAACUUGCCGCGGCUUUGGCGAAGGCCAAAAGACCGAAGGAGCGCUUUCAUCUGUACGAUAAGGAGCCCCGCUAUCUCGACAGCCCAAGUCAGUACCAGAUGAUUCACAAAGGGGGCAUUUGCGGCGAGGUCGAAUGCUUCUCCAGGAUGCCGUACAAGGCUACUGCGUAUGCGGCACGGGAUUCUCAGAUCAUUCGAAUCAGCCGGACGUUGCUCCAAAUUCUUGCCCAGGAGCACCCCCAGUGCAUUUUAAACUUCACGACCUACCUUCUCUCCAGGGACCUCGGAGCAUCUGCGAAUGCGAGAAGAGACCAUUUUGGAAGAGAUGAUUCUCAGAUGAGUCAGCAGUUGGACGAAGUACUAGGGUACGAUGGUCAAUAUAUGAGGAAGCUUGGUGGUGUGCCUUUGCUGUCCGAGAGGAGGUUGCCCUUGCCGCCCAAUCUAGCGUCACCUACUUCGUUUUCGCUGCCCCUGGGUGCACCGUGUGUCACAUCGAGGUCCAUAAGCGAGGUGCACGGCACUAGUUUUCUCGGCGCGAAAGGACGCUCUGACUUCGAAAUAGAUGACGACGACCAUAGUACUAGUGUAAUCGACCGCAGUCCAACACAUGCAACAGGGUCGCGCGGUCACCUUCGUCGCUUGUCUUCGGAUGAUGAGGUUUCUCCGGUCGGUGCCGAUGAAUUAGAAGACGAUGCAGCGUCCUUUUCGAAAACGAUUCGCUCGUUCAGGACCGAUCGCUUUCCGAGUCUAGUUAGCGCACGACGGAAUAUCGAACGCUUUAUCCCGUUUCAGACCGCAAUGCAAAAUGUGACAAAAAACACUCAGCAUUUGCGUAGUCAGAUCGAAAGAAGACUGAAAACUAAGAUUCAGUCUUUUGUCACCGCGGGUCUUUCCGAUAACGAGGAAAGCAACACGACACCGAACAAGUCGAGCAAACGCUCUAGCGCUGCAAUAGAGAAUUUGGAAACCAGCCCCAAGGAACGAAGCGAAACAGCGGAGGCUCAGAUAAGUGCGAAUGAUGAAACAAGUAACGCUGCUUCAACUAUCGAGGAUGAGCGAAGCUCCAGCUCAACUGUGAGAAGACGGAUACGAAGCCGAAGCGCUGACAGUAAGAGCGGCAACGUGAAGGAGACAAAGAAAAAUCGGACCUCUGGCCGUGUUAAUGAUGAAGAACAGACCAACUACGGAAAGAAACCGAAAUCACAGCAACUUGACUCAGCAAAGAUAACCUCUGGCGUACAUGAUAACAGAUCUUCGAGUCCUGUGGGUGGAGGAGUUCGAGGAGGGCUUUCUUCGAGUACCAUGGCGGCAGCCGCACGGCACGGGCAGUGGCCGCACCUCAGGACAAUCUGUCUGGUUCCGGGCGACGAGAUCAUUCGAGAUUAUUGCGGUGCACAGUUUUUGACUUCCCUUCGCAAAAUUCGACCCGCAGCGGUGAGGUUGAAUGGCUAUAAGGAUUUGAAACAAGCAGUGGCAAAUAUCAACCGUGGCAAAAGUAGGCCCUUCGCUGGCGUGGACGGAGUUGGUAGCGCGGACACGGCCUUGAGCCCAAAAAUUCAGUCGCAAUCGAGCGCCGCGAUUUCUCGUUUACCAAGCGCUGCAGCACAGCAGCGAGAUGGCAGCCCCGCGCUGAAGAUGUCUCACGAUAGCAUGGCACUAGAUGAUCCGACUACUAUCGAGGGCGUCCUCGCUGAGUCCGUUGGAGAUGACUCACCCUCAACUUUGGGCGACUUCGUGAUGUCAGGCACAGUGACGCCUGUCGUUGAGUGUGACGCCGACUCCUCGGCGCCUGGACUAAUGGUGUCGGUUCAAAGCCGCGCGGAGCCUCUUACGUGGACGGAACCAGAUAAAGGGACUGGCGACCGCUCCUCAGCGUUUGCAGGAACAUUAACCGCAAAAAGCGACAAGGUGAACACAAGUCUAAGUGGAUCAGCAUUUAGUGGUGGUCAGCCCGGCCACGAUAGGAGCAACUCCGAUUUGCUUAAUCGACAACAAAUCUCACAUGCUUUGUUGGAAAUCGAGGCGGCAGCUGAUUGCGUGCUCUACGUGGCAGAUUCAACGGUGACCGAGUGGACUAAGUGUUGUCUUCGCCACGCAGACCUCAUGCUGAUUGCCGUGCCUGUAAGCAAAGCCGAUGUGUCACCACAUCCAAGGCUAGGCACCGCUGAGACCUACGCACUGAAGCACACGAAGCGCUAUGUUCCAGUAGAGUUCAUGCUUGUCCAUGUUGACGAUAGCAUAAUGGGCGUCUCUUCCUCGAGAGCAGAUGAGCAGUCGGGUCAGAAGCAAAUGCCUGCCCGCAAGGAUCAUCAUGGACGAUUGUUCAAAGCUUCCGCCAGCACCUCAACCUGCAAUAGCGUAGUACCAGAACCAACAAAAGGAACAGAUCCAAUAGUACCUGAUGCUCCACCUUCUGGAAGUCUGGAUCUGGAAUGUUCCGCAAAAACAUCAGCAAGAUCGAGAACAAUAGGACCCAUCGAAAAUCCUCCUGUACUAAUGCGCAAGCAAUUGUCUUUCGAUGUAAACUACGGCUCUGCAAAUAGUUCAAGGACCGAGGGAAAGGCACACAGUGUCGCAACUGUGGUCACGCAGGAUCCAACAGUCCAGUCAUCAACUUCGGAAACCGCAAAUGUGCCUGUUGAUGAGUCCGCUUUGCGGAGGAACAAUUCUGGUGGAUCGUUAACUACGACCCCGUCGACCUCAGCUUCGUCGCCACGAAAAGCGGACCUAAACUUCGGAGAGGAUGGCUUGCCGCCGGGAGCAGAGGAGCAUCAAAAAAUGCCUGCGGCUGAGACGCGUGUAUUGCAUGAAGAUGCAACCCAGCAAGAUGCUUCCUCGGAUUAUACCCGAAAAAUAUCUGCAUCUGUAACAACAUCAGUAUCCUCUUCGAAGAGUAGUACUCACAAUGCGCCUGCUUCCUCAUCGUCGACGUCGAGCACAACUGAACCUCGUGCAUCAUCAUCCUCUAGUGGUAGUGCGGUCUUGACCUCUCGACCCGACGCGCUAAGUAAGGAGAAUCUACGGACGCAGUUAGAGAACUUCGCAACGCAGCUCUACAUUGAAUCAGACAGCUACGGCGGUCAGAACAGUAUGCUGUCGCAAAUGUCGAAAGUUGCCUUGGAGCAGGGCGCCGGCGGCCUAGAUCGUGUCACGUAUGGCUCGAGACAGGACAAUGUCGGUCCCGGCAUGCGCGCAGCUGUGAAAGCACAGGUGGAAUCAAAGUUGACCUUACUGCAGAACAUCCGGGGUCGCUUCUCUACCCGACACUACUUGAAAGCGCGAAUCCAAAAGUUGCGACAGUACCAAAACACGAGUAUGAAGCGGUGCCACCACGCGCGACUAGGAAGCAAACUAGCGGGAGACCUGGAUCGAUGCGUGCGCAUCCUGCACGGACGCGGUAUUGCGCUGUUGUUUGGGGGUGGUGGAGCCAAGGGCAACGCACAUUUUGGCGUUCUGAAAGCGCUCGACGAGCUCCGCGUUCCCGUUGACAUUGUGUGCGGGACGUCCAUGGGCUCGAUGGCUGCUGGCCUGUAUGCGAUGUAUCCCGAUUUUGAAGUGUGUCUGAAGCGGGCCAAGUGGCUUUUCGAAACUCAGUUUACAAAAACGAAGAUGCUAGCCGACCUCACGUACCCAUUGCUUAGUCUCUUCACCGGAAGCUUCCACAACAACAUGCUGAAGUCUACGUUUGCGCGCACGCACAUAGAGGAUUUGCUGGUUCCCUACGCCUGCUCAAGUCUCGACGUGCUCAGUUGUCAGUCAGUAAUGCACAAGGACGGGCUGCUUUGGCGCGCCGUGCGUGCGUCUAUGUCUCUCGUUGGUUUCGUCCCUCCGUUCCCCGGAGACGUGGACGAGUUUGGCAACGUCACGCAGUUGCUCGUAGACGGAUGCUACAGCAGCAAUUUCCCGAUCCAGACCGCGCGCGAUCUCGGUGCGGGAACCAUCGUGACCAUCGACGUUGCCGCGCUCUACGACGAGGUUAACGCGGACUACGGGGACGAGUGCAGCGGAUUUCAGCUGCUCUACCAGCGCUGGUUCGGCGGCCGCAAGACCACCACGCGGGCAGCAAUCGACGAUCGCAUUCUGAACAUGGCCAACGUCCGGCAGCACCAGGACAGCUUUCAGUUCGUGGAUCUCCAGUUGCGCCCGCCUAUUGACACCUACGGACUGCUCGAAUUCGAGAAAUUUGAAGAACUCUGCAGUGUGGGUUACCAAUAUGCUUUUCCGUUGUUGCAAGACUUUCUCGAGAACACAGAAAAGGGUGAAAUGCUCAAGGCGACGGUCUUGCAGUAUGAGCAGCAGAAAUCGCGACCUGUGUCAGUACCGCAGGCGCUGGGAAUUCAUUGUAGAGCGAGCUACCGAGAGUGGCGGAAGCGGAGCAUGCGUCAGCUCUCCUCCUCUCUGGAGGCGCGUCGUUCCUCACUGCUGAAGAGAAGUGGGAAAAGCCAUCUGAAUAAGAAAAGCAGGACCGUAGACGACUCCAUGUCUAUAAACGGUGGUGGCCAAGAAGAGGUGGAGAUCAGAAAAUAUAGAAGCGCCAAUGGACGAAUCAUCGGCGGUAGUCCUGCGAAGCCGCACACGACGACAGGAAAACAAGGCUCCAUCUCAUCAAAACCUACAACCACUAGAAAGGUGAAGUAAACAAGUGCUACCGUUAAUUCCCUCAGCUUGGUAGCUCUUUUUUCGCACAUUCUUAUAUACUUUCCUAAUCUUCUUUUUUCACUGCUUCUAGUAAUCUAGAAACCCACAUCAUCUGCAUGGACUGACUGCUUUGCCUGGUAAGAAUAAUAACACGCUGCUUUUUAUUUUUUCACAGUCACACAUGAUUUUUUUCCAUUUUUUUCGCGCGCUAUUUUUCAUAGUAUGUAAUUACAUCAUCGUUCAUUCGACCAUUUGCUUUUACAUGGUGGUCUUUAGUCUUUACAUACUGUCACCCAGUCCCAGUUGCGCGUACCUUUUGUGAACCGGCGCAGCUUUGUCAGCGACCGCUCGUUGGCGUCACACCCUAUACGACCUAAUGUUUUUCACAUCAGUUAGUUGAUUGG